UAGAAGCCUUGCUUCUUCACUAUUGCUUAAUAGAAUGGGUUGUAAUCUGUGCAGUUUUCAGAAAAGGGAGGAACACUACAAAUUGCUUUAUGAAGUUUCUCAGGUCAAUGGGAAAGAGCUUUCCAAAGUUACUAAAGAAGAGGCAGUGGAGGCUUUUUGUAAUGUGAAGGAGCCCAUAGUAGUCCAGCUUCUACAAGGAGCACCUCUUAUUAAGACAUAUGGGAGCGCACAAGAUGUUCAACUCAUGGAUGCUAGCACACAGACAGAUAUCACGUUUGAACACAUUAUGGCUCUGGCCAAGUUAAGGUCAUCAACACCUCCAGUACCUGAUAUCUGUCCAUUCCUGCUUUCUGACAGCUGCCAUUCUCUUCAUCCUGUUGACCAUAAAUUUUAUGAAGGUAGUGAAUAUCUAUCCAACUUGCCUGCUGAUGUAGACAAAACUGAGGACUUUGAGUGUGAGGAAUAUGUAUUCAGAUCACUUCAAAUCAAGAGCUUGAAAAUGUCUUUGUCUACUUCCUUUGUGUGA